AUCAAAAUAAAAGGUUAUCAUCGAUGUCAAAACUUUGAAAUUCUAGGUGAUAUGAUCUUACGAAACAUUUCACUUUACAUGAUUUUAUGAAACGAUUCUCUUAACUUUACUGAAAUGUUGGUUUCAAAAAAUAUUUGCAAAAUUUCCAGGAAUCUCAAAAAUCCUAUCAGGAACAAGAGUCAUCUAGAAGAAUUAAGAGAACGUAUAGCUAAUGGCCCAAAUCUUCAAGAGUUCAUUCAAAAUUCGAAUUCAUUACCAGAGCAUAAUGAAGAUUGGCAGAACUACGAGGGCAAAUUGAAAAGAGAUAAAGGGGAAGAUCAACGAUUAAGGCUGCCUCCUUGGCUGAAAACAAAAAUACCCACAGGAAAAAACUUUUCUAAGCUUAAAGAACAAUUGAGAGGGCUAAAUCUUCACACUGUAUGUGAAGAAGCUAGGUGUCCUAAUAUCGGAGAGUGUUGGGGUGGUGGGGAACAUAAAACAACCACAGCUACGAUAAUGCUUCUUGGAGAUACUUGCACUAGAGGUUGUCGUUUUUGUUCUGUAAAAACCUCUAGGACACCACCUCCACCAGAUCCUAAUGAACCUAUAAAUACAGCAAAAGCUAUAGCAUCUUGGGGCUUAGAUUAUAUUGUUAUGACUUCAGUUGAUAGAGAUGAUUUGAUAGACGGUGGUUCCAAUCAUUUUGCCCAGACUGUAAAAGAGAUUAAGAAAAGAAACAAAUCUAUAAUUAUAGAGUGUUUAGUUCCUGAUUUCCGAGGAGAUUUAGAUUGUGUGAAGACGAUAGUUGAUUCCCAGCUUGAUGUAUAUGCACAUAACAUAGAAACUGUGGAGAAGUUAACUCCAUAUGUUAGAGAUAAAAGAGCAAAAUAUAGGCAGUCUUUGUCUACUCUGAAAGCAGCUAAAAGUUUCAAUCCAGAAGUUAUAACCAAAUCUUCAAUAAUGUUGGGCCUCGGUGAGAAAGAUGAAGAAGUUGAACAAACCUUGAAAGAUUUGAAAGAAGCACAGGUGGAUUGCGUAACUCUUGGUCAAUAUAUGCAACCAACCAAGCGUCAUUUGAAAGUUGUGGAAUAUGUAACACCUGAGAAAUACAAACAUUGGGAAAAUUUAGGUAACGAAAUGGGUUUCUUAUAUGUUGCAAGUGGACCUUUAGUGAGAAGUUCCUAUAAAGCUGGUGAAUUUUUCAUAUCAAGCAUUGUUAAGAAUAGGAAAAUCGAGAAAGAAGCACAAUAAUUCAUUUGUUCUUAUAGAUAAAUAUUUAUAAAUGUUGGCAAAUAAUAUAUUUUUGUUUUGAA